UACACUAUAUAAACAAGUACAUUUUGAGGUAAUUAUAUCACUGCAUAAGACCAAUCACUGUCUUAUUUGAUGAAAAAUGGCAUUCAGGAUUGCAUCUCUCCCACGCAAAAUUCCUUAUAAUUUGCCAGUGGCAAGCACUCUAUGCAGAAUAUUAUAAACGGAUAAAUUAGAAUGAAAUAGGAGUAAUACUAGAAUCCCCCCCCACCAUAUCCCCCAAAUUUCCCCUUGAACAAUUUGGACCAAUCCCCGAAAAGGGGCCCAUGGGAUAUAGUCCGUUCUUCCAGCAAAAAUCCUUUGGGUACAGUAAACUACAACAUUCAUUAAAGAGAAUAUGUUGUAAGGAGGGGGAAAUAUUACCCCUUCAACCCCUCGAAAAUGGUAGCCACCCUGAAAUAUCCCUUCCACCAGAUAUGUUUGCAAUAGACCAAUGGAGGCGUCGGGACGCUAUAUGACGUCAAAGACGCCCUCUACGUCAGUAGACAUGGAUCAAUAAUUUCAGUUGGGAGGUUUUUGGUCGGAAAAGGGGAAAUGUUACAGAGACUAACGUGAAGAGAGUUGCUUUUACGCGUUUAUUUAAACGUUACAAUUUACAAGAAAGUGAUAAUAAGGGCUCUGAAUGAAAUCCUGAGACCGGUGGGCAGUUUCUGGUGGAGCAGAGCGACGGAGGAGGUGACUGUGCCCCAGUGCAGUGGAACACUUGACUUCGAACGCUGGCAGCUGGAUAAGGUCUGCAGUCUGAACCAGUAGCAAGACACAACCACCAACCGCGCUGUGUGAACCGUCCUGAAGUGUGUGCACCGGUUGGAUGAGGCGACUGAUCGUCCAUGUGUGGCCUAGCGUUUAGAACACGAAAUAGCCCCUCGCAAAAAACUUCCCUCCGCUGGGGCGACUGCUGUAACAACUACCCUUCCUCCCAUUAUUAUACCCUUCACCUCCUAACUACAGGGUACCCUACAACUGACUACAUCCGCGAUGUGUAGCAACACAGCACACCUACUGCCCCACUGGUUCCUUUACGCUUUAUUUCCAAAGAUAUAAUUAAUCGUAUUACCUAAAACAAGCAACAUAAAUGUGUUAUCCUUAAUAUUGUCUUAAAAGAGCACUUACGUAAAGCAAAUAUAGAAUUCACUGCCUGCCUGAUUACAAGGAAACAUACUGGAAGAAAACUGUUACUGGUGACUGUAUACAUAAAUAUAUUCUGUUAGAGGAUUCGGUAAGGAUAUCUAAAAGACAUUCAGGAGCACGAAACUGGUAUCUAUAGUAAGACACAUCAUCAUUUGAACUCGACAUGAAUAUCCUCGUAGUGAAAUAGUUGGUAGGACAGAGAAGUGUGACGAUUUAUCAUAAUCCACAUCAUCAACGAAUUCCAAAUAGAAAUAGACCCAGUGACUGCAGUGUAUAAAAUACUCAUUACAGAAAGUAGAAAAUAUACAUAUUUUUGUGAUAGUAGAUAUAAAUGUAUUUUUGUCCCAGUUAGUUUACAAUUUGUGGUUAAUUUGGAACAUGUGAAAUUUAGGAACAGAUGGAAGUUAUUUUUAGUUUCAACAAUCCUCGAAGUAAAUACCUAACAGUAUUUAAUUAAUUGCCAAAGUAAGAGCAACGCAUUCUACGAAACCUCCAGCCACGUGGACCUGCUCUUCAGAUAUUUGUCUCCGUACGUAAAAGCAAGGCUAGCAGGAUGAUUAACAUCGCGGGCAUUAUUUCAAUUGUACUCUUCUACGUCUUGAUCUUGGGUGUGGGUCUCUGGGCGGCUCGCAAGAAGCAGUCUGGCGAUGACUCCGAGGAGGAGGUCAUGCUUGCCGGGAGGAGCAUUGGGCUCUUCGUCGGAAUUUUCACUAUGACGGCUACAUGGGUUGGAGGAGGUUACAUCAACGGUACAGCCGAAAUGAUCUACACGUCGGGUUUGAUUUGGUGCCAGGCGCCCUUUGGAUACGCUCUCAGCCUAGUAUUAGGCGGCAUUUUCUUCGCGAACAAGAUGCGACAGCAAGGCUAUAUCACCAUGCUGGACCCCCUGCAAGACUCCUUCGGAGAGAGAAUGGGAGGAUUGCUUUUCCUGCCUGCCCUCUGUGGCGAGGUCUUCUGGGCUGCCGGCAUUUUGGCUGCUCUGGGCGCCACACUCAGCGUCAUCAUCGAUAUGGACCAUCGAACGAGUGUCAUCCUCAGCUCCUGUAUCGCUAUUAUCUACACACUCUUUGGCGGACUUUACAGCGUCGCUUACACAGAUGUAAUACAGCUGUUCUGCAUCUUUAUUGGACUCUGGAUGUGCAUCCCGUUUGCGAUGUACAACGAGCAUGUUGGAUCUCUCUCUUCGGAUGCUGUUGAUUGGAUCGGUACAGUGGAACCUUCUCAAUACUUUUAUUACAUCGACAAUGGACUACUUCUUAUCUUUGGAGGAAUACCAUGGCAAGUGUACUUUCAGAGGGUGUUGUCCAGCAAAACAGCAGCCAGGGCCCAGAUAUUGUCAUAUGUCGCUGCGUUCGGCUGUAUCAUCAUGGCGAUUCCGCCAGUGCUGAUCGGCGCCAUUGCAAGAUCCACCUCGUGGAAUGAGACGGGUUAUAAGGGAGUCUAUCCACUGUCUUCUGAGGAGACCAGCAUGAUCCUCCCGAUGGUCUUACAGUACCUGACGCCGAGCUUCGUGUCCUUCUUCGGUCUGGGCGCUGUCUCUGCCGCGGUUAUGUCUUCAGCGGAUUCCAGUGUUCUGUCAGCUAGUUCCAUGUUCGCACGUAACGUCUACAGACUCAUCUUUCGACAGAGGGCUUCUGAGAUGGAGAUUAUUUGGGUAAUGAGGGUUUCGAUCUUGGUCGUUGGAGCGCUGGCAACAGUAAUGGCACUUACUAUCCCUUCCAUCUAUGGCCUUUGGUCCAUGUGUUCAGACCUCGUGUAUGUGAUCCUAUUCCCACAACUGCUGAUGGUGGUACACUUUAAGCAUCACUGCAAUACGUACGGUAGUUUAACCGCUUACAUCGUCGCCUUCUUCGUCAGAAUGACAGGAGGAGAGCCGUUACUUGGGUUGCCCGCCAUGAUACACUACCCGGGUUGGGAUGGCGAAAAUCAGCUGUUCCCGUUCCGAACCAUGGCCAUGCUCAUGUCUCUUGUUACUCUCAUCUUAGUUUCUUGGGGCACCAAGUGGAUCUUCGAGACCGGGAGACUUGCACCAGGUUACGACAUCUUCCGAUGCGUGGUCAACAUUCCCGAGGACGUGGAGCGAGUCGACGAGCCUGCCGAGGGCGGGGAGCAGAUGGCCGUCAUGACGAGUGCCAUGCGGCAGUACGGAGCGGCGACCAUGGUCGGAAAGGACGAAAUGAACGGGCGAAUCAACCCGGCGCUAGAGCCGGACGACGACAUGGACAUGGCUGAGGUAGAGAAGACACGAGGGGUUCGGCCGAGGGUCGUCAGUGGCACGACGGCCGGGGGAGGGGGGAGUAGGGGAAAUCCAUCGACGGGAAUCCCCGUGAAUGAAAACGGUAGCAGCCCCAAACAAGGACAAACAUCGCUCUAAGGCUAAGCGACUUGCUUUAAGGCUGUAUUCAAAGAAUUUCCGUUACAAGUACCUUCUUAAUUUCUCGGUGAGUGCGCUGCAGUAUUACCAAAUAUGAAAAAAAUUAAUAACUGAGACAAGAAAAAGGAUAAAAAAGGUGGUUUAUCAAUUAGCAAAAUAACUGGUCAUUAAGACAUAAAAGUCAAUGUAAUUGUGAUUAUGUUAAUAAUCUAUAUGUCAUAUUAAGAACGUAGCCAGAAUUUGGUCAUUAUGGUUUCAAAUCAAGCGUUAUAUAAAGCCGACGGACAAUUAUCGAUACUAAAAUAAUUCUAGUAUUGAAAAUUUAUAACAGUAUUUAAUUUAAAUUUUAGGUAUCUAUUAUAAUGUGAGUACAACAGAUACGUAUGCCAUUCGAAGUUAAAUUUUUACCUCAGAACUUUUAAAAUAAAUGGCGUAGCGUCCAAAGUCUUAAACUGGCGUUAGAAGACAGAAAAUAAGGUCACCAAUACGAGGAUCAAAUGUUUAAUGCUGUUAGGUAAAUAAUCACACAGUGAGAAUGACACAAAGCCUAUAAUUAGACUCCGUGUUCAAUAUGCGGAAUUAUUAGAUGUUAAAGCAUGUGAUACAUAUAGUUACCACAGUGAUUUAUCGGGAUAAUCGUGGCAGCUGUAUUAAAUUCGCAUAUUAUGUCGUGAAACAAAAUAUUAUAACUUUUUCCGUCCGACCAGUCAGAAAAUAUGAGACUGUAUUUCAGUACUGCAGAAAGUUAACAUUUCGAUAAAAAAAGUCACACUUCAUAAACAGAUAUUUCACAGAUUACAUUAAUGCAUAUGCAGAUUUAUUAAUGUAGCAUUUAAAUUGAAAAUGUCGAAAACAGAGAUUUAAAGUUACUUACAGAGAUUUUAAUUUUUAAAUAAUGAAAGAAAAUAUUACAGAAAUUAAUUUCUCAUAGUGUGGUAUUAUUCCCUCUAGUACCCUGUCUCCUCGCCCAGCCUUUACCUAGAGACCACAAAUAACUAUGUGUGGUACAUAUCAUAAAUGAAGUAUCGUAGUAUAAUUUAACUAUUAUUUGUGCUGUGUUUUAAGAACAGGGGUGUAACAUACUGACCUUCAGAAACAAUUUUAAUCGCUUGUUAGAGUACUUGGUAAUCGUGGGCUUUAAUCUUAAACUGUUUGUAAGUUCUGUGUAGGGGUACAAAUCAGUAAUAUUAUUCUUGGUUAAAUGUUUGGCAGGCUAUAGAUGUGCCAAUAUCCCGUGGCGAAUCCAUGCAAAUGAAAACAUUUGCCAUGGUUUACUGAUGAUGAUUCAAGGACUAAAGCUCAACUCUUCAAUGGAGGAGUUUGGGCAUCAUGAGGUACAACUUCGGAAGCCGCGUUGGGCUUCAAGUGACUGUCAGUUUUAUUUAUAUGGAUAAUGGAAGUCUCUAUAAUAAACACAAAUGAUCUUAGCGUUUAGUAUGUUUGUAUUAUACAGAAAGUAUCACUAAAUAAAAACAGAUAAGUCCCAUUGUUCUAACCACAACAUUGUUAGAUGGAAAUUAAUAAGAUAUGCUCACUGACGUUCUGUUAUUUGGAAUUGUAAUUAUAGAUGUAUAUAAAUAUCGAUGUAAAUUCACGUGUCACAAAUGUGAUAUUCUAACAUAUCAACAUGAUUUUUAUCAGUGUAUUGUUUUGAAAAAUCAGUAGACGAUCUAGGGGAGGGAAUGCCCGCUUUGUUCACAAACAUCAAUGAAUAUAUAUGGGAUUUUCACAAACUUCUAUAUGUCGCGAUAAUGUGAAAUGGAUUGUUACAGUGGUCACAAACAUUUUUGUGUAAUAUUAAUCCCGUGGGACAUAAGUUUUAAUUGAGAUUUGCUUGAAAUCGUAUAGGAAAAAAAUUAUAUAAUAUAUAUUUACGUACUGAUAGGCAUUUUUAUUUAUAGUGUAGACAGUAAACUUUACUAUAUAAUUGUUAAAGAUAUUUAAAUUUCAUUUAUUUUCAAUGUGUAAUAGUAAUAUGCAUUUAAACGUUACAUAAUAAAAGACUGUCACGAAAAUGUCGAAACAAAGCGGAUGAAAGAAAUGUUUAUCAUAGAGUAUCAAUGAUUAUUAAUGCUUUGAUGAGGAGGGGAGCAUUUAAUGACCAAUAGCAGCUCCGGUAUUAGAGUAAAGGAAAAUAUCAUUAUAAAACGCGAUCUAUUUUAUGUUACAUAAUAUAAUGUAAACGUUGAUAUUAUUGACACAUAAUGCCACUGUUGUUGUUGUAAACGUAGCGCCUAGAGUAUAGACAAUUAGUAAUGUCACGCGGCGAGACCGAAUGAGAAUUGUCCAUAAACUGGAGAACUAUGUUUUCGAUUUCAAAACAUUAUUUCGUGUCUUCCAUAUUGUUAAUUUCAGACAUGAAUCCCCCUUAUACAUCCACUGAUAAUAAAACUAAUAAACACGUUUUAAUUUAAUGCAUUGCAUUGCUCUUAAUUUCGUGAAUGCUAACUGAUUUAUCACUAUAAUAUAAAUACAGCAGAUUAAAAAUAUUUUGCUUAAUGCAAAUACGACCGUUUUCACAUGUACGAGUUAUCUGAAAUCAACAUUAUAAAUUAUGUCCUAAAAUGUACAUAAUAUGUCACAAUUUGGUCGUUGUUCAGAAAAAUUAUAACUCUGAUAUGAACAAAGCUGCGGAUAUGAUAUAAGUAUUGGUGCAAACGUCAUAUUUGUUCUUACAAUUUAAAUUGUUUUCACACGCUUAAUACCCACAACCCCGUUCAUUCCAGUGUCAUAAUUUCUUUAAAUCGGGACUUAAUUGUGGUUCAACCUGCGUUUUGUUGAUCUCAUACCUUCUCUGAUAUGCAUAGUUCACAGUUUAAGAAUCGCGAAGGUCUAGAUAAAUAAUUCCAAUAUUUAACCAUAGAAAUUAACAGGCAUUUGUUUAGAUAUAUGUACUAAAAUGGACUUCGAAAUCACAUCUCAAAAAUUAUAGACAAGAAACAAAAUAAUUAAUUAUACCUCCUGUAUUGAUUACUUAAGUGUGACAUUACUGUAAUGAAAUAUUUGUUCCUUUAGUAUCAUCUGAAAGACAUGUUUAUAAAAAAAAACUUGUAUAGGUGGCACACACAAAAUGUUACAAGAGCAAAGUCAUUAUGAGCUUCUACUAGUGUCCUAGCAAUGUUAUAACAUGGCGUAUAACAGUAAAUGUUGGUAUUUUAUGACAGACGAACACACGUAUAACCCUAUAAUUAAAGAUGCGAAUAUUAAGAUUAAAGCUACCUGCGCACCGAUACCUUUCUCUCUUGAAUGAUAAGUGAUCCCAAAGCAAUAGUCACGUGAUGUCCCCCCUGCGAAAAUAUCGUAAAUGUAGCCUUUCGUAUUGUUAUAUUUGUGGAGUAGUUUAAUAGCUUGUUGGGCUGUUGACGGAAGUUUUUAACACGUGUGUAUUUUCUGUGCUCAGCAAAGCGUUGCUUGAAGAAGAAUUACCAAAUGUUAUUAAAAUAUUUAAGUAAUGUUAAUAUUUCAUUCAUAUAGUUUAUGAAGUAUUUUGUGUCCAUAAAACAAUUAACAUUUUAUGGGUUGAUUCAUUGAUGUUAUAAUUACGUAAUUCAUUUAUAAGGUUGCUGUAAGAGAUUAAAACAUUAUUUUGUAAAAGUGCUCCUGACGCACACCUCUGGUUCGCCAUUCUGUUUAUUUCUUCGCAUGGUGGGAAGAAAACACUUCCAUGUCUAUAUUUUUCAUUUCAGGCAUUGGUAUUAUGUGCGUACAUACAGGUUGUGCCAGAAAGAUGUAUAUACACAUUAUAAUAUGAAAUGCUAAUCUUAUGCGUUUAUUUAUUUUUGUGGUCAUUUUGCAUAUACAUUUACAAAACACUAAUUAAUUUGAAAAUUAGUGUUUGGACUUCCUGUUUAGCAUAAUAUAUUAAAGCGACUGGUUACAAUCUGGGUGACAGGAAUACCAACAUUAAAAGGAGCAGGAAUAUUUCUCUUCACCAAGGUGACCACUCAUCUUCAUCUAAUGCCUAGAUGAGGAGUGCGUGGAGCUAUACCUCCACUCCCCCAUACGUCUUUAUUUUUCACUUUUAAAAUUAAAGCCGCUUUCAGUGACGGUUGGGCAGUGUAUGUAAGCUGCUUCUACAUUUGUGGAGGGAUAAAUUAUUUGUAACAACUUUUUACAUUACGAUCUAUAUUCCACGGAUGUGUGUUCAUUUGUGCAAGGAGUUUUGACGUGUUCGCGUGCUUGAUUGCACAUUGUUCCUUACGUAUCCGCUGGUCUGUAAGUUGACUGACACCAAAAGCCGUAGUACCUAUUUCACAGAAUUCAUACAUUACGUCGUAAAAUUUUUCAGUUAUAUUUAAUAGAGGAUUCUCAAAAUGUGUGUCAUAUGUUACCCGCCAAUGUGGUAUACAAGGCCCAUGUAAAUUAUUGUAACUCUGUAUGAUAACAAAUAGUUGCCUCAUGUCAGAAAAACACUUUGUUAAUAUCGCCAAUACUUGGCCGUGAUCAACGUCAAAUCCAGAAUUAGGACGAGUCUAAGACGGACACGAAACCUGAUAAUGAAAGACUGGUCUCGCUAGAUCAGAGUCAAGUAACUCAUCCACUAAGGACUAAUAUUGCUAAAGGAAAUUAUGAAAAAAAUAUGUGAACCUACUCUAAUAUGAUAUUUGUAUCAAAAUUCGAAAAAUGUUUUGAUAGAAAUACAUUGAUGUAAUUUUUAUACGAAAAGAGGCUUCAACAAUUUGGGAAAUACUGUUUCGUUCCAACAUGGUAGAGAUCGUGUUAAAAUAUUUCACACUCUUCCACUAGACGGUAAUGGUAAAUGAACAUCUUGUUUCAUAAAUUGUACAACACAUCUUGUGCGUGAUAAGAAAGUUUGAAACUCAAAUUUCCAAGAUUACAAUAUUGUCAUUAAAUCUAUAUUUUGUUGGCCACUAUCCCAUUGUUUUAAUACAGUAUAUUUUAUACAGACUUCAUUUCGGAGAUUUAUUCUGCUUCUGUUUUUAGGUUAUUGGUCGUCAUUUUAUUAUUUUUUUUAAAAUGAGAAGACAGGAAAAGCAAAGCUAACUCAGGAAGUCAGUGUAGUCCUAUAAAAAUAUAUCGUAGAUAAUCGACAUGUAAAUAUAAUAUUGAUGCAAUCAAUCUAUUAGUCACAAACCUUCUAAGAAAAAGCACGCAUUGUAAAAAGUAUGAAUACUACAUUCUUUAAACGGGCUACACUUUAACAUAAUGGCGGACCAGGCAAAAUAAAUUUUCAUACACAUAACUUGACAUUUCAGUAAUUUAACAAUUAAUUAUAAUGUAAUGUACGGUUUGUAUUUUAAUUGAGCUGUGUUUCUCGUACGCUUAAUAAAUUGAUGUAUACUGAAACUUCGAUGCAUAUCACAUUCAACAUAUCAUACUAAUAUUUAAAGUGUUACUUAAAGAAACGCAAUCUCGGUGUGAUUGGUUGAGUUGACAAGUCUAUUGAUCAUGUUCACAAAAUGUUCUGUUUGCAUGUUAUCCAAGUUUUCUCUGAUAUAUGGACUUGAGGAAUAUAAGAUUAUUAUAGAUUUUCAUGCAGUAUAAGAAAACGCAAACACACGUCAUAUAGGGGCCUAAUACUAUUGAACAAAAAUCUAAAAGAGGAGAGUAGAGGUAAGUGAUAAAACUAAAGACGGAGAGGAAAAUGUGGGUGUAGAAUGCAAUAAAUAAUUAAACUUCUAUUUUAUUUCGAUGUAAAAAAGUUAUAGAAAACCCUGCUAAUUGUUUCCUUACAAUGUGAAGACAAAUAAUUAGACGUUUAUCACUAAAUGAUUAAUGUAGAGAACCAACAAAUGUAAUGAUGUGAAAAUAGACUGUGUAUUACAUUAUUAUAAUAAUGACAACUGUAAAACAUGUGUUUUAGUAGUGAACUGUUUACCACAAACAGACAAAAUAUAGAAAUGAUACUGAAAUAUAAA